AUGUCGCUGAACAACGCAACAGAGGCCCCAGAUCCAGAAAAUGUCCGCAUCAUAACAACACUCGGACACGUCGACCAUGGCAAGACAACGCUUAUGGACACUCUGCUCGCUGCCAACAACAUCAUCUCCUCUCGCAUGGCUGGCAAGUUGCGCUACUUGGACAGCAGAGAGGAUGAACAGGAGCGCGGCAUCACGAUGGAGAGCAGUGCGGUGUCGCUUAAAUUUCAUGUAGGCGAGCGUAACCCUGCCGAAGGAAGAUCUCCAAAGACAUACAUCAUCAAUAUGAUCGACACACCCGGUCACGUCGACUUUUCUAGUGAGGUUUCCACCUCCUCUCGUCUCUGUGAUGGCGCACUUGUCCUUGUCGACGUCGUCGAGGGCGUCUGUACGCAGACCAUCACAGUCCUCCGCCAGGCAUGGCAAGACAAUCUCCGCCCUAUCCUUAUUCUCAACAAAUCCGAUCGUCUUAUCACCGAGCUCAAGCUCGCUCCUAUAGAGGCCUACCACCACCUUUCCCGCCUCAUCGAGCAGGUCAACGCCGUCAUGGGCUCCUUCUUCGCCGGCGAGCGCAUGGCCGACGAUCAGCGCUGGCAUGAGGAGCGCGAGCGCCGUCUCGCAGCCAAAAAGGAUGCGCUCGCCGACGCAGGUGAGGCCGCGGCUGACGCUAACCUGGGCGGCUCGGAGAGCGCAGACGACGCGUUCCAGGAAAAGGACGACGAGGACAUCUACUUUGCCCCCGAGCGCGGCAACGUCGUGUUUGCGUCUGCUCUCGAUGGCUGGGGCUUCCGCGUCGGCAAGUUCGCGCAGCUCUACUCGGCCAAGCUCGGUUUCAAGGAGGCGACGCUUCGCCGUGUGCUGUGGGGAGAUUUUUAUCUGGAUCCGAAGACGAAGCGUGUUGUUAGCUAUAAGCAUCUUAGAGGACGCGCACUCAAGCCGCUUUUCGUGCAAUUUGUGCUCGAGAAUUUGUGGGCUGUGUAUGAUGCCGUGAUUAUGAACCCAAAUCCGGACAAAGUAUCUAAAAUCGUCUCCACCCUCAACCUCAAAAUCUUGCCCCGCGAUCUGCGUUCCAAAGACGGGCGCUCGCUCCUCUCCCUCAUCCUCUCGCAGUGGCUCUCCCUCUCGACGUGCAUCAUCCAGGCCGCGAUCGACGUCGUGCCAUCCCCGCCUGCCGCACAGGCCGUGCGCGUGCCCAAGAUGCUCCACCCGGACUCGUACGAGUUGUCGAUCAAGCCGAGGAACAAGCUCGAGGCGGACCUGUACGCGUCGAAUUCGGCGCCGGAGGCGGCGGUCGUCGCGUAUGUGAGCCGGAUGUUUGUUGUGGAGGCGAAGGAUCUGCCGGAGAAUAAGAAGAAGCCGCUUACGGCGGAGGAGCUGCGCGCUAAGGGACGGCAGGCGCGCGAAGCGGCGGCGGCGGCGGCGGCUGAGGAGGCGCCUGUGCUUGCAGCUGAAGCGUCUGAUGCGCCGCCGGCUGAGGCCACCACCGGUGCUGCUACAGAGACAGAGAACGGCGCGAGCGCUGAGACCGCGACGAAUGAAGAUACGGACGGCGCAGCAGCAGCGACACCCGACGGCCUUCUCCAAGCCUCCGACAUCCUCAUUGGCUUCGCGCGCCUCUACUCGGGCACGCUCGAGGUAGGCGCGACGGUGCACUGCUGCCUGCCCAAGUACAACGCCGCGCUGCCGCGCGACCACCCGGCGAACGUGGAGCACAUCACGCGCGCGACGGUCGAGGGGCUGUACACGAUGAUGGGCAAGGAGCUCAUCCCUGUGCAGCGCGUGCGCGCGGGGAACACGUUUGCGGUCAAGGGGCUUAUGGGCAAGGUGUGGAGGAAUGCGACGCUGUGUGCGCCUGGUGCGGCGGGGGUGGGUGCCACGGGAGGGGAAGAGGCGGAGGAUUAUUUGAUUAAUUUGGGUGGGGCUAAUCGGCUGGCUUCGUCGAUCGUGAGGAUCGCGGUUGAGCCGGUGGUUCCGGCGGAUAUGUCCAAGCUUGUGGCGGGGUUGAAGUUACUUGCGCAGGCGGAUCCUUGUCUGGAGACGUUCCAGCAGCAGACUGGAGAGCAUGUCAUUGUCGGUGCCGGAGAACUGCAUCUCGAGCGCUGCCUCCGAGAUCUGAGAGAUCGCUUCGCUCGCGUCGAAAUCCAGGCGUCCAAGCCUAUCGUGCCGUUCCGAGAAACUGCGGUGAAAGCACCAGAUAUGGCACCUCCAAAGACACCCGGCGCACCUCGCGGUACCAUCCGCGGCGCCGCCUCCCAGAACCUGGUUUCGUUUACCAUCCGCGCUGCGCCACUGCCACAAGUCAUACUUGAUUUCAUCCUGCAAAAUCUGACGACACUCAGGCAGCUCCAGCAGCAGAGCAAGUCGGACGGAAAGCCUGACGGCGAAACGGAACAUGAGCCCGACGUUGAUGCUCCUUCAGUAGAAGCUGCCGAAGUGAAAGCCCAGGGACUUGCGGGGGAUGUGCUGUUCACGCCCAGCGUGAAACCGGCCCAGUUCUGGUCCGCUCUGGAGGAGAAAUGCAAGGCAGCAGGGGGCGAAUGGAGUGACGUCGCCAAGCGAAUCUGGGCAUUCGGUCCUCAGGGUGCAGGGGGCUGCAUCCUCGUCGACGCACGCAAAGAGGGCGCGCCGUUAUCGAAUAGUUUGCAGACGCGGUUGCAGCGGGGCAAGAACUCGGGCCCGACUUCGAACGGUGCUGACUCCCAGGACGCGGCUUCGAGUUCGAGCAGUUUCGACUUUAGCAACCAUAUCGAGACGGGCUUCCAGCUCGCCACGUUCCAGGGUCCCUUGUGCGCCGAGCCCGUCGAGGGCAUGGCUUAUUUCGUCGAGAGCGUCGUCGAGGACGACGAAGGUGUGCAAAAAGAAAUCCUUCAAAAUAGACUAAGCCAGGUGACGGGCUCCGUCAUCUCGGCCGUGAGAGAUGCGUGCCGGAAUGGGCUGCUGGACUGGUCCCCGAGGCUGAUGCUCGCGAUGUACUCGUGCGAUAUCCAGGCGUCGACGGACGUGCUUGGGAAAGUGUACAGUGUCGUUGCGAAGCGGCGGGGCCGGAUCGUGGCGGAGGAGAUCAAGGAGGGGACAUCGUUCUUCACCGUGUCGGCACUGCUGCCUGUCGUGGAGUCUUUCGGAUUUGCGCUGGAUAUCCGGAAGCGAACGUCGGGCGCUGCGAGUCCGCAACUGAUCUUUAGCGGAUACGAGAUGUUGGAUCAGGAUCCGUUCUGGGUUCCGACGACGGAGGAGGAGCUGGAGGAUCAUGGGGAGAAGGCGGACCGGUCGAACGUGGCCAAGGCGUACAUGGAUGGUGUGCGGGAGCGCAAGGGGAUGUUUGUCGACCGCAAGAUUGUCGAGUUUGCGGAGAAGCAGAGGACGCUGAAGCGGUGAUAAUAUUAAUCAUAAUCACUUAGAAUUUGUAAAUGGCAGCUGUAGCGGAGCGGAUUUUUUUUCUGUUGUGGACGGAAAGUGAUGAGGUGUGGAUUAUGUAAUAUGUCUGUGAGUGCGGAGAGUUUCCUGUUUCUGUUCCCUCCUUCCUUGCUGGGUCCCUGGCCUUGUUCUCCUCCUCCCCCU